AUGAUCAUUCAAGGCUUGGAGAAUUCUCCAUGGGGAAUUGCGUGGACUGUCAUUACGAUAUUCAUCGUCUCUAUUGCCACGAGAAGCGUGUACCGACUUUACUUCCACCCUCUCAGCAAAUUUCCAGGCCCGAAGCUUACGGCGAUCACCCAUCUCUAUGAAUUCUACUAUGACUGCAUCCAGAGUGGACAGUUCCUAUGGGAAAUCGCUCGAAUGCACGAGCAGUAUGGCCCCAUUGUACGAAUCAACCCUCGUGAAAUUCACAUAUUGGAUCCCCAUUUCUUCCAUCAAAUCUAUCACACUGGAGUACAGAACAGAGACCCAUACAUGGUGAACAUUUCCACGGCACCCCAGUCGACGUUUUCGACGGCGGAGUAUGGGCCCCACAAAUCCCGACGUGGUAUAUUGAAUCCCUUCUUUUCAAGACAAUCGGUCUUCAAACUCGAGGACAUAGUUCAUAAAAAGGUGGCCAAGGUAAUUCAGCGCCUUGAGAACGCCCGCCGCGACAAAUCUGCUGUAUUCGUGGAUGAAAUAUUUGCCGCUUUGACUGCAGAUAUCAUCUCGGACUAUGUCUACGGCAAAAGCCUUGACAUCCUCGGUGAUAAAGAACUUCAGAACCAACUUAGAGAAGCUCUGAUAGGUGGAGCGUCGCUAUGUCACUUGCUUCGAUUCUUUCCUAUACUCGUGAAGCUGCUUGACCCAAUUCCCUCGGUUGUACAAUGGCUCAGUCCAAUUACCAAAGGCCUGUUUGACAUGAAGAGAGAUGUCGAAUUACAAAGCAGAGAGGCAAUCGAGCGAAGUGUCCAUUCUGAUAACAGCGGUCCUGCAAGAACUAUAUACGAAGCCAUGACCGACAAGUCUGUCCCCGCCGCAGAAAGAACAGUGGAGCGAUUACGAGACGAUGGUUUGAUUAUGCUUGCUGCGGGGACUGAAACUACAGCACGGGUAUUGACGAUGGGUGCAUUUUACAUAUAUCGGGACGAGGGUAUAUUGCAAAGCCUGCGGGAGGAGCUGAUCAGAGCAAUGUCGACUAUUGACACCAAGCUCUCUUGGACUCAGCUCGAGAAAUUGCCUUAUCUGUCUGCCGUCGUUAAGGAAUCGCUUCGACUCAGCGGAAGCAUUACCAUUCGACAGCCUAGAAUCUUCCCUACCAAGGCUCUUGCUUAUAAGGACUACACUAUUCCACCGGGAACCCCUGUCAGCCAGUCCAUUCAUCUCGUUCAUAUGAACCCCAAUGUCUUCCCUAAUCCCGAAGUCUUUGAUCCCACCCGAUGGCUGCAAUCACCCGAAGAUGGAAUUCGACUUGAUCGGUUUUUAGUCUCGUUCUCAGGAGGCUCGAUGAACUGUCUUGGGCUUAAUUUGGCAUACUGCGAACUAUAUCACAUGUUUGCAAAAUUGGUUCGCCACUUUGAUCUGAGACAUCUGACUGAACGUGAAGAUAUCAAGAUAACACGGGACUUUAUCGUCGGACUACCAGAUGCAGACGAACUCAAGGUGCAAAGCUAUGUUUCUAAUGCUAUAUAG